GGAAACCAGUGACGUUUCAUGAUUAUAUGGUGAUGUCAUCAAUUUGCGCCUAAAUCUGAUGGAAGGAGCUCAGCUGUCAAAAUGUGUACUUUACACGUGGGGAGCCAACAGUUACGGGCAGCUGGGACAGGGACACACGGGAGAUCAAGCCGAGCCGCAGCGUGCAGACGGCGGACUGCAGGCAGAGCAGGUCCGCUGUUUAACCGGAGGAGGCGGUCAUUCGGCUGUCAUCACUGAGUCAGGUGACCUGCUGAUGUGUGGACAGAACCACAAAGGUCAGUUAGGGCUCAGUCACACCUCCGAGGUCAUAACCUUUCAACCCUGCCCUUUGUCUGGGUGUGGAAGAGUUCAGCAGGUGUCCUGUGGUUGGGACUUCUCUAUUAUCCUGACGGGUGACGGUCAGGUCUUGGUGUGCGGCUCCAAUGCUUUUGGACAGCUGGGUGUCUCAGCAAAGAUAUCACACUCUGCAGAGCCUUUACACGUGACGACGCUGAAUGAGCCGGUAACUAGUGUGGCUGCUGGGCUCAGACAUGCAUUAGCAAGUACAGCAUCAGGUUGUGUUUAUCAGUGGGGAACUGGCCUGUCGAGUCACGCUAAGAGAAUGUUGAGUCCCCAACCUGUUCCUGCACAUCUAUCCUCUAAGGAGCCCUGCCUUGUCCCGGGGUUAGAUCAUGUGACCCCACAGAAGGUGGUUGCAGGCUCCACCCACUGCAUUUGUUUGACAGUCAAAGGUGACGUGUUCCUCUGGGGCAGCAAUAAACAUGGUCAGCUGGUCAGCGAGAGUCUCUUCCUGCCACUUCCUGUGGCUUUGGAUCGAUCUCUGCUGCAGGGCGAGAGAGUGACUGACGUUCACAGCGGCUGGACGCACCUUGUCGCAAAGACAGAGAGUGGGCGGGUCUUCACAUGGGGCAGAUCCAAUUACGGACAGCUAGGACAGACCAAUCAGGGUACGGAAAAAGAGCCUGACGUUUCAGCCAACUCUGGCCACACUAUAAGCCGCCCCAUCGAGGUUAAAGCUUUAUUUGGAGCAACACAGAUUGCAUGCGGAUCUGAACACAACUUGGCUGUUGUGGGGGGUCGGAUCUUCUCCUGGGGCUGGAAUGAACACGGAAUGUGUGGAGACGGUUCCCUUUGUGACAUCACGCAACCACGGCCAGUCCCCAGUCUCAGAGACGCUACGGCUCUUCUGAUUGGCUGUGGAGCAGGGCAUUCAAUGGCACUAUGCAGGUUGAAGAGCAACAAGGAUUCUGCAAGCUGAACUGGUUUCAGCGUUUGGCUCUGACACUGUUUGCUUGCGUUACGGUUUUAAUGAAUUAUUCAGAAAGAUCCGUUUAAGCCUUUAAAGAACAGAUUUUAGAUCAAAGUCUCAGAGAUGCAAAUACUACUUACUGAUGCACGCAUUAUGCUUAUGACAUUAGGAAAUGACCUAAAAUAUACAAGAACAAGGCCUAUUUGCAGCUUAAUGCAAAUAUUCAUAGCUUAAAUGAGAGGCCCUCGUCGUUUUUGUUUUUAAAAACGUUUUCUCCUAUUGAAUGCCAAAAUAAGUAAAUCUAUAUGCAUUCACUGAUGUAUAUCGGCUUGUACAUACUGUCCUAGUGCCUUCAAAGCCAUUCAGAAAGACUGAAAUUCAAUAAGGAGAGAAAAAUUCAAUCAGACACUCAUUUUCUAGAUGGGUUUUUGUCAGCACUGAAAUGGUCAUUCACGCUUCCUUUGCUGUGAUCGACGGUCAAGGAUCAUUUCCUCUGACCUUUCACCUCAGGGACAGAGAAAAGCAUUAAAUAACCUUCACUGUAUAUCCAAUGACUGAAACAGAUUUACUGCUCAGAAAUGACCUGUCUGAAAACAAUCAAUCUCCCAGAAUACUCAAUGAUGGAGUGAUAAUCUAGAUUGGGGGGUUGCCUUAAAACAAAGCUUGAAAAACCCACAAAACACAAAAUCUCUGUUUUAGUGCUUUUUAUUAACAUUAUUUAUUUCUCUUUUUUUAAUUGCUUUUUUUCUCUCUUCAGAAAAAGACACAAAAUUGCCUUAACAAUAUGUCAACUCAAACCAUCAAUGAAAACACCACCUGGUUUUAAAUAACUAUCCAUACUAUGCACUGCAAUGUGCUGAAAAACACAAGGAACGUCUCACAAAACAGCACAAACGUUUGAGAUGCCACCUUUUGCCAGUAAGAUAGAUGUUCACUGUGUCCAAAAACUAUUCAGUCUCAAAGACUGUACACCUCUGGAGUUUUAUUUAUAUGUAUAUAUAUAUUUAUUACUCGCUGAUGUUUGUGCUCUGAUGUGGUUGGGUCUUUAACAGUCCAGCAUAUUGUAAGGAAAUAACCCAAUGUUGACAUUCCCGUGAUGCAACUGGCAGUGCGCUAGUUUGGUCCCAAACAACUGGGUAUACUUAACAUUUUCACAACAAUGAAAAAUAAACGUUGAAACAAACUUAACACACAGUAUCGGUUCCUUUCUUAUAUUCCAUCAUAAACCCUGUAUGUUCUUGUUCUCUAUAAAGAGUAGUGUUGUUGUACAGUGCAGGAUUGUCUCUUGUGUUGGUUUUUAUGAAAACCGCCAUAAUAUGUGGCUUCCAAAAUAGCUUGUAUAUUCACAUUGAAUUUUCAAAUGCAAACUAAGCAUUUAUUAAACUUUUUUUUUUUUUUCAUCAAA